AUGACCACCAAACAAAAUAUUGGGGUUUUCACAAAUCCAAAACACGAACUUUACGUCACAGAAAUUGAUACUCCACAAGCUGCGGAUCUUACAGAGGAUGAAGUAUUAGUCCAUGUCAAAUGUACAGGUAUCUGUGGUUCAGACAUUCACUUUCAAAAGCAUGGAUGUAUAGGACCAACUAUGGUGGUCGAGGGCGAACAUAUAUUAGGGCACGAAUCGUCUGGGGAAAUUUUGGCUGUGGGUAACAAAGUUACCAAUUUAAAAACAGGUGACAAGGUUGCUCUUGAACCGGGUGUUCCAUGCAAAUCUUGUAAGGCCUGCUUAACCGGUAAAUAUAAUGGAUGCGAGAAAGUGUUGUUCUCCUCUACUCCCCCUGUGGCAGGGUUUUUGAGAAGAUACAUCAAGCAUCCAGCUCAAUUUUGUCACAAGAUCAAUUCUCUCACCUAUCAGCAAGGUGCUCUCUUGGAACCUCUCUCAGUUCUGUACUGUGGAGUGAGACAUAUUGGACUUCAAUUAGGACAAUCAGUACUUGUAUGUGGGGCAGGUCCUAUUGGUUAUGUAACGGCAAAAUGUGCGGAACUGGCUGGAGCGUUCCCAAUCGUUGUAACUGAUAUUGAACAGUCUAAACUUGACUUUAUUAAAAAGGAAAUCCCAAGCGUCACCACUGUUCUUGUUACUGGCUCUUUACAAGAAAACUUAAAAAAGGUAGCAUCUGCGACAGAGAGCUUCGAUGUUGCCAUUGAUUGCACAGGUGUAGAGCCAUCACUCGAGCUUGCAACACAUGCCCUUGAUUUCGGCGGAAAAUUACAUAUCAUCGGGGUUGGUAGAGAGUUCCAAAAAUUCCCUUUUAUGAUCUUGUCUGUUAAGGAAAUUCAUGUAACUUUCCAAUAUAGAUAUGCCAACACCUGGCCUACUGUUGUAAAGUUGAUGCAAGCAGGCAUCAUUAAUUUAGACAAAUUGAUUACCCAUUCAUUUGCAUUAGAGGAUGCCGAAGAGGCCUUUAAGUUAGCAGCUGACCCCAAGUCAGGGGCGAUGAAAAUUAUUAUCGAAGAUGCAUAA